CUCAAGUGUCGUGUAACAGUUAAGCUUUUGACAAAAUGCAUUACCUUAUAGUACUCAUCUUGUUUGGCGUGUACUGGAACAAUGUCUAUGCAAGAGGACUGGACCAAUCCGAAUCCUACGACACCGAGCAAAGGUUGGACACCUUGGAAGAUCGUGUACUCCGCUUAGAAACAGAGAUGGGAGUUCAUCAAGAUGAAGAAACUUUAAACCGAAUCGAUCUCGAGCCAAGUUUCUAUUCAAUUGACACUUCGAAUACAAAAGUGGGACGUCCGGUAGAAACGAACCAUUUUAAUGAACAACUCGAAAAAUUGGAACAAACAUUUAAGGAGGAGUUCGGAGAUCAGCUUGCGGAACUAUCUUCCAAGUAUGAGAUCCUUUGGGAAAAAUUCUCUAAAAUUGAGAAGCAAGUUGAGGAACAGCAAAGUGAAGGCAAGAAUUCAGAAUUUUUGAAAGGGUUAGAGCAAUCUGAAAAUCCGACUACUACUGAUAGUGAGGAAUCGGAAACAAAGUCGGAUGAGACCAUUUAUGACAAUGAUCUGGAGUUAAUGAAAAACCUAAAAAAUCUAGAGAAUGAAUCCGGAACAAAGAUGGCUAAGAAUUUUAAACAAAUUGGGGAAAAGUAUUACCACAUUGAAAACAAUGUUAAGCUAACUUGGGUGGAGGCACGUGAUAAAUGUAGCGAAUGGGGAGCUCAUCUGGUUAGUCUUAAAAAUGAGGAGGAAUGGGGCGUUAUCACAGAACACUUAAGUCCGGAAAAAAACUAUUGGGUAGAUGUCAAUGACUUGGUCAAAGAGGGGGAAUAUAUAUCUGACACUAACUCGGAAAAAGCAGCCUUCCUGAAAUGGGAUUAUCGAGAACCAAAUAAUCUCCUUACAACAGUUAUGCGGGAAGAUUGCGUGGAAUUGCGGUCAGACUAUUAUCACUAUAUGAACGACAUAAACUGUUGGCAAGAAAACAAUUUCAUAUGUGAAAGACCCAAACUUUCCAUUUUUGAUGGGUAUUUUGAAAUUGCUUAAUUUGCUAUAAUUGUCUAAUAUAAAAUGUAAAUAAAAAAUCGAUGUAUAAAGGUAUAAAA